UCAAUGGGCGGAGUAAGUUGAGGAGCAAGUUAAGAUUCACUGUCACGUUGCAAACGCUCAUUGUGGCAUAGCAUACACGUUGCCUGAAGAGGUAGCUAGCUUGCUGCUAGAGAGAUUCGUUAUUUCGAAGGUGUACAGGCAUCAUCCUCGGAUUUUUUGCUAACCACUGCAAGGUCUAGCUCAACAAUCUUGGCUUAACACUAGCGGCGUGGUGCUGUAUCUCGUUACAACUGCAUCCAAAAAUUGAUUAUAACCCAAAAACUACUUCACUGCGUCUCUGGGCGACCAGCAUUGUGUUUAUGUCUUUGUUUUACGAAAACGGUGAGUACCCGGACGACAGGAGCCACGGAUGGGAAAGCAGAGCUGUCGCGCAGCUGUCGGAACCUGUGUGGAGGGAACUUAGUCCACAAGCAACGAGCCUGGAGCCUCAGUGGCAACACCUUUUUCAUGUCAGAGACCGAGUCCUCUUGCAGUCGUUUAUGUCAUCCCCCCCUCUCCAGGCAGACAAUACCAAGAAUUGCCAAUUCAAGAUCUUUUCGUCUUGCUGAUAGUACCGACUCGAGGCCAAGAUGUCUGUCAACGUCAACCGCAGCGUGUCAGACCAGUUCUACCGCUACAAAAUGCCCCGUCUGAUUGCUAAGGUGGAAGGCAAGGGUAAUGGAAUAAAAACUGUCAUAGUCAACAUGGUUGAUGUCGCCAAGGCUUUGAACAGGCCACCAACGUAUCCCACCAAGUUUUUUGGUUGUGAGUUGGGCGCUCAGACCCAGUUUGAUUCUAAGAAUGACCGUUACAUUGUCAACGGAUCCCACGAGGCGAACAAGCUGCAAGACAUGUUGGAUGGAUUUAUCCGGAAAUUUGUGUUGUGCCCAGAGUGUGAUAAUCCUGAAACAGACCUGCACAUCAAUCCUAAGAAGCAAACCAUUGGGAACUCCUGCAAGGCCUGUGGCUACCGCGGCAUGCUGGACACACGACACAAGCUCUGCACAUUUAUUCUGAAGAAUCCGCCAGAGAAUGAGAGUGGGUCUGUGAAGAAAGAGAAGGAAAAGAAAAACCGAAAGAAGGACAAAGAGAACGGCUCCGGUGGAGAGGCAACAAACCGUGAUGACAUUGACGCACCUGAUGCAGUGGAUGGGGACGAUGACGACGAGGACUGGGCAGAGGAGACCACCGAGGAGGCCCAGCGCCGGCGCAUGGAGGAGAUCAGCGAGCACGCCAAGAACCUCACCCUCAGCGAGGACCUGGAGAAGACCCUGGAGGAGCGGGUCAACAUGUUCUACAACUUCGUCAAGCAAAAGAAGGAGGAGGGAGUGAUCGACUCGGCCGAUAAGGACAUCCUGGCUGAGGCGGAGCGUCUUGACGUGAAGGCCAUGGGCCCCCUCAUCCUCAGUGAGCUGCUCUUCGACCAGAACAUCCGCGAGCAAAUCAAGAAGUACAAACGCCACUUCCUCCGUUUCUGUCACAACAACAAGAAGGCCCAGAAGUACCUUCUGGGUGGCUUUGAGUGUCUGGUGAAGCUCCACCAGAGCCAGCUGCUCCCACGCGUCCCCAUCAUCCUCAAGGACCUGUACGAUGCAGACAUGCUCGAAGAGGACGUCAUCCUCGCUUGGGCCGAGAAGGUGUCCAAAAAAUACGUCUCCAAGGAGCUGGCCAAGGAGAUCCAUUCCAAGGCUGAGCCCUUCGUCAAGUGGCUGAAGGAGGCCGAGGAGGAGAGCGAGGGAAGCGAGGAAGAGGAGGAGGAUGAGGAGGACAACGUGGAGGUUGUCUAUUCCUCCUCGGCUCGCGAGCUUAAAAUGGAGACUGUGACACCCGUGAAGCAGGAGAAAGAGGAGGAUGACAUUGAUAUCGAUGCCAUUUAAGAAACACACACACAUACACUCUCUCAAAAAAAGAAAAACGGGAUAAAAAAAAGCAAAAAAGAAAAGAUGCCUCUAAAUGCUCUCUGAAGCUUCUGACUGUCACGGAGCAGUCGGACGCAUGCCUUUGAUUCGUCUCUGCUCGAUCAAACGCCGCUCCUCGUUGCAAUCAUGAUGUAGCGCUUGCGAAAAGGCUUCUUAAUUUUUAGCAUCACCACCACCUCUCCCAUCCCCAUCUCUCCGCUCCUCAAACCUGCCCUAGCCCUACUGAUUGACUUGAGCUGUUCUGCUGUUCAAUUUGUAGGUGUGAAAUAUGCUAGAAACUAGAGCACUAAAUGCACAUGUAUUUUUAUUUUUUUUUCUCUUCUCUUGUGUUACUUUUGAACUAUUAAAGAAUGUUUGACAUUAAGUGUAAAA